CACGCUUUCUCACUCGCUCUCUGCUCCCCGCGGGCACUCCCCGCCCUCUGCUGCCAGAACCUUGGGGAUGUGCCUAGACCCGGCGCAGCGCACGUCCGGGCCAAGCGCGAGCAGAACAAACCCUUGGCGCGCGGCCAGGAGGCUCCCUCCCAGCCACCGCCCCCCGCCAGCGCCUUUUCCCCCCCCUUCCAAUACAAGAUCUUCCUUCCUCAGUUCCCUGAAAUCACAGCCCAGGGACACCUUCUCAGAGCCAUCAUCCAGCCACAGGCCAGCAUGUCUGGGGGCAAAUACGUAGACUCCGAGGGACAUCUCUAUACGGUUCCCAUCCGGGAGCACGGCAACAUCUACAAGCCCAACAACAAGGCCAUGGCAGACGAGGUGAGCGAGAAGCAAGUAUACGACGCGCACACCAAGGAGAUCGACCUGGUCAACCGCGACCCCAAGCAUCUCAACGACGACGUGGUCAAGAUUGACUUUGAAGACGUGAUUGCAGAACCAGAAGGGACACACAGUUUCGAUGGCAUUUGGAAGGCCAGCUUCACCACGUUCACUGUGACGAAAUACUGGUUUUACCGCUUGCUGUCUGCCCUCUUUGGCAUCCCGAUGGCGCUCAUCUGGGGCAUCUACUUCGCCAUUCUCUCUUUCCUGCACAUCUGGGCAGUUGUGCCGUGCAUUAAGAGCUUCCUGAUUGAGAUUCAGUGCAUCAGCCGUGUCUAUUCCAUCUAUAUCCACACCUUCUGUGACCCACUCUUUGAAGCUAUCGGCAAAGUAUUCAGCAAUAUCCGCAUCAACAUGCAGAAAGAAAUAUAAAUGACAUUUCAAGGAUAGGAGUAAACCUGAUUCUUUUUUUUUUCUUUAAAUUUUCUCGGUGCCAAUUUCAAGUUUCAAGUUGUGAGUACAGCAGCGAUUUAUGAUGAAUUAGCUUGGUUGAGAACAAAGAAAUAACUUUGUCAGUUUUCAUAAGUAUUAUUUGUCUCUUCUGAGCGAUUUCAUCUAUUUUUUUCUUUUUUGGCAGUCCGAAUUUUUAAAAACCCAUUUAAAUUGUUUUCCUUGCCUUUUUAUUUCCAUGUGGAUUGAGCAUUGUUAUAUUGGCUGAAAAAUGAACAUAUUGUUGAAAGGUAAUUUGAGAGAAAUAUGAAGAACCGAGGAGAAUAAAAAAAAAAAAAAAAAAAAAAGAGCUAACAACCUUAGCUGCCUACUCUAAAAUGUUGGUCAUUUUCUGGUAAGCAAAGAAUUUCAGGCUUUGGCCAUGGAGUGUACAAGUAUGUGGGCAGAUUUUAAGCAGACUCUUUAACCAUUAUCUGAGGAGCUAGUGGAUUAUUGCUAUUCAUUUUAACAAUCCAGUGGGAUCUAGUAAUCUUUACAAGUUAAAAACACAAUCUCCUGUAUUCUUAUGAUCCGACUGAUGCCUUACUCUUCUUGAAAUUUCAACCUAUGAUACUUUCUGUGCCUGACUAUUUGUUCUAUAGAUGAUGAGACCUUAGUGCCUUCCUGUUUUUCACAUUUUCCUUUUCAAAUAGGGUCCAGCUCAUCAACUUUCAUUAGGUCAGCAGCCUCCCUGAAGACCAAAAUUAGAAUAUCCAUGACCUAGUUUUCCAUGUUUGUUUCUGACUCUGAGUUACAGAGUCUGGUGAAGCUCAUGUCUGUGCUUGGUCAUAGAGCAUCUUUAUCCAUAUUGAGUAUGGUCAACAUUAGCCUGAUGAAGUGAAUUAAAGUGGACCAAUGGGGCUGAGCCCUCUCUGGGCUGGCAGGAGUGGAAGCCAGCUUUCCUGCCUCUCAUCAGCUGAAUGAGGUCAGCAUGUCUAUUCAGCUUCGGUUAUUUUCAAGAAUAAUCAUGCUUUCCUGAAUCCAAAACUAAUCCAUCACCGGGGUGGUUUAGUGGCUCAACAUUGUGUUCCCUUUUCAGCUGAUCAGUGGGCCUCCGGGGAAAGGCUGUCAAAAUGGAGGCCAUUGUGUAAGCCUGUCAGAGCUGUUGCAAACAUGACCCCUUCCAAGUAAAGUACUUGCAACUGUCUGUUAUGCUGUGACACGUGGCCCCUCCCCCUGCCAGGAGCUUUGGACCUAAUCCAAGCAUCACUUUGCUCAGAAAGAAGAUGGGGGAGGAGACAGUAAUAAAAGAUUGAAGUCAUUUUGCUGGAAUAAGUUCAAAUUCUUCUGAACUCAAACUGAGGAAUUUCACCUGUAAACCUGAGUCAUACCAAAAGCUGCCUGGUACAUCCAAAAGCUCUUCAUUCCUCCUGCUCAUAUUGUGAUUCUGCCCUUUGGAUUUUUUUUUUUAACCUUCAAUUAUGCUUUUAUUUGUAUCUUCAUACACUUAUUGGAACUCUGCUUGGUUUUUGCCUCUUACAGUCUUCCUGACACUUUAAUUACCAACCUGCUACCUACUUUGAUUUUUUGCAUUUAAAACAGACACUGGCAUGGACAUAGUUUUACUUUUAAACUGUGUACAUAACUGAAAAUGUGCUAUACUGCAUACUUUUUUAAAUGUAAAGAUAUUUUAAACUUUAUAUGAGGAAAAUCACUUAGGUAAUGGAUUUAUGAUUCAGUCUGUAAACUGUGUAUUCCAAGACAUGUCUGUUCUACAUAGAUGCUUAGUCUCUCAUGCAAAGCGAUUGCUGGUCCAAAAGAUAGCUGAAAUUUUAUAUGCUUACUGAUAUAUUUUACACUUUUUUAUCCUGCAUGUCCUAUAAAGGUUACAAGCCUGCACAAUAAAAAAAAAAGUUUAACAGU